AUGCAUUAUUUGAAGACAUUCACCAAAGAUGAAGCACACCAGCUUAUUGGAAACAUGUCAUCCACUGAUGAGUCAUUUGAGCCCGCAUGGAACCUUUUGAAAAGCCGCUAUUCCAAUCCUCGCCGCGUUGUAUCAUCACAUCUUGAAGACCUGCUGGUUGGUGAGUCUGUUCCCGCUAGAUCAGCCGCUAAAUUGGAUUCCUUGUUACUAUCCAACCAAAAGGCUCUGGAUUCCAUCAAGGCCCAAGGAGUUCCAGUAGAUCACUGGGACCUGAUAAUCAUACACCUGACGCUACGCCGCUUGCCGCCCGCCGUUAGAGAAGAUUGGGAGACCAGCCUGGGUCUUACUGAUAACAUGCCGACUUACGUUCAGCUCCACGAGUUUCUCAAGUCCAAAGUCAGGGCUUGGGAGAACUUGGAACCCGCUUCGGAACCCAAGAAGCAAUCUGAAGGUCAUAAAUCCGGAGGCUCACGCAGUAAUAAACCUCAGAAGACAACAUCCUCUUACACCGCUACUCAAUACAAAGCAAAGCCCAGAAGAAAUUGCUCGCUGUGCCCUGAGGAACAUUACAUGUUGUUCUGUCCAAUCUUUAAUGCCGCUACUUUGGAGGAACGAAUCGACAUAGUCGAAAAAUACCGCCUGUGCUACAAUUGCUUGGGCCCGCAUCGCGUCGCUGAUUGUAAGACCGCUCAAGGAUGCAGGAAGUGCAGUCAACGUCAUCAUACUUCCAUCCAUCGAGAUACACCGCCUAAAUCUGCACCACAGACACUUGCAGACAACACACAAGAUCCGCUUUCCGCUCAAGUAUUGCUAGCUACCGCUUUAGUCCAGGUCCGCCCACAUCAUGGUAAUCCAAUCACCGCCAGAGUGUUGAUUGAUCAAGGUUCAGAGCUCUCAUUUAUGAGACAGUCGCUCUUCAAGAAGCUUGGACAACCGCUACAACGUGACAUGGUCAUGCUCAAGGGCAUUGGCAAUGUCACCGCAGGAAGCUCACUAGGUGUGAGCACAAUUGAGCUUCGUUCGCUGUGUACGACCGCAUCAAUGCAUGUCAGCAUGCAUAUUCUACCAACACUGACGGUAGAUCUUCCAUCGUUCGUGAUCGCUGAUCCGAAAUGGCCGCAUCUUGAGAAUCUCAAGCUCGCUGACCCGCAGUAUCUACAGCCACGCCCUGUAGAUAUUAUUCUAGGUGCAUCACCAGCCGCACAGAUCAUGAACGCAGAGAUUCAACAAGGACCUCGCAAUGCUCCUAUUGCACAAUCCACCACGCUUGGUUGGAUUGUCUAUGGGGCUGUCACCGCUAAACACGCUUCAACAUCACACGCAGCACUACAUGCGUCAGAAGAAGUUCCAUCAGGAAAUUCACCGCUCAACACCGCUGAAGAAGACGAAUGUGAAAUUCACUUUCGUCAAACGCAUUAUCGACAGCCUGAUGGACGCUACGUAGUGAGAUUACCGCUUAAGGCCCUUGAGAGUCAACUUGGCGACUCUAUCAACGCAGCUAUGGGGUCACUCCGCAGAUUAAUAACUCGCUUGUCGCGAGAAAGAGAAUAUUCUGACAUGUAUCGUGCAUUCAUGGCAGAAUACAUUCAACUAGGACACAUGAUACGAGUACCAGUCAACGAAUUGCCCGCAAACGCUUACUUCUUGCCUCACCAUGGGGUAUUGGAGCUUGAUAGUGCCACUACGAAGCUCCGCACAGUGUUCAAUGGUUCCUGUGCAACAUCUACAGGAAUUUCAUUGAACGACAUUCUCCACGCAGGACCCAAAACGCAAAUUGACAUUUUUGAUGUGAUGUUGAGAAUCCGUUGCAGCAGGAUUCUAUUCGCUACUGACAUCACCAAGAUGUUCAGACAGAUUGAGGUCGACUCGCUUGAUUGGCCGCUUCAGUGCAUUCUCUGGAUAGAUGAGAAUGACUUAAUAGACGCUUACUGUCUCAAGACAGUCACAUACGGAACCGCUAGUGCACCUUUUAACGCAGUACGUGUGCUUAUCCAACUAGUAAAGGAUGAAUGA